AUGGUAAAUUUAGCCAUGGAUAAGCCAUGGAUCGAUAAAAUAGUUGAAGAAAAGAGUAAAGAGCGGGACAUAGCUUAUAAAAACGCGGUACAUAUAAACACGGACGAAAGUUGGAAUAGAUAUCGGAUAUGCAGAAAUGAUCUGAUAGGGGAUAAAAAAAUAAGCUUUGGAACAAAGUCAAUUGAAUUCAAUAAUAUUUUAUAUACAGAACCGGAAAUUAUCGCACAUAAGUUCAACGAAUUUUUUAUACAAAGUAUAGAGGAAAUAGUAGAAGAAAUAGGAAUAAUAGCAGAUGAUCAAAAUUUAAUAUUAAACGAUAUGAAUGCGGAUAGAUGUUUUGAUAAGUUUCAAAUAGUACAACACAAUGAUCUCGAGGAAAUUAUAAAUAGGUUAAACAAUCGGAAAGGUUCGAACAAUGAAAUAACAGCAGACAUAAUUAAAAUGGUAUGGAAGUGUGAUAGUCGUAUAAUAUUGGAUGUCAUAAAUAAAUCAUUACAAGAAGGGGAGGUACCUGACGAAUGGAAAACCUCAAUAAUUACACCAAUACCCAAAGUAAACGGUAGCAUCAAAGCUGAAGAAUACAGACCUAUAAAUACUCUUCCCAUUCAUGAAAAGGUUUUGGAACAAGUGGUAAAAAGUCAGUUAAUGAAAUAUAUUAAUAAAAAAGAAGUCUUAAUUAAGCAACAAUCAGGAUUUAGAACAGGAUUUUCAUGCGAGACUGCGUUACAAGAUACAUUGAUUGAAUGGAGAAAAUAUGGGGUGAAAAGAACAGUGUUGGCGUGGUUUGACUCAUACCUGAACAAUAGGAAACAACAAGUGAAAUAUGGAAAAAUAAUAUCGGAGGAACUAUUGGUGAGGUAUGGUGUACCCCAAGGAUCGAAGCUAGUACCGUUAUUAUUUAUAAUUUAUAUAAAUGACGUAGUACAAGCGCUAGAAGGAAGUGGAUGUUCUUGUAAAUUAUUUGCGGAUGACAUGAUUCUCUAUGUUGCUAGUGACGACAGAAGAUGUGUAAUAAGAGUGGAGGAUAAUAUGAUAAGUGAAGUGGAGGAGCAUAAAUACUUAGGUAUUAUAAUUGAUGAAAAUUUAUCGUUUGGGAACCAUGCGUGGUACAUGGCAAAAAAAGUUGGAAAGAAGAUUGGAUUUUUGAACCUGAAAAAAAAAAUGGACAUGAUACAAAAAACGCAAAAUCGUGCAAUGCAGUCCAUAUUAAUGGUAAACAUGUUUACGCCAAUACGAACAAUGCUGGACGUGUUGGGGUUUAUGAGCGGAAGGGAGAGAAUGAAGUACAAUAUAUGUGUUCUAGUGUACAAAAUGAAAAAUGGACUUGCGCCAGAAUAUUUGCGCAGCGAAAUUCGUACAGUUAGCGAAAGGCACGGAUAUAACACUAGAAAUAAGAAUGACCUAGAAGUGCGAAGAACAAGAACUGUAACAGCAGGGAGAACGCUGGUAUAUGAAGGAUUUCAAGUUUACAAUGAAUUGCCGAGAGAAAUAAAAAAUGCCCGAACGAUAGAAAUAUUUAAGGGACUAGUUAAGGAAUAUAUAAAAAUAAAUAAUAGAUAA